AUGAAGGCGACUGCUUGCUCGCUUUGCGUACUCUAUCUAGGGAUCGACUUAUUAGGCGGGACCGUAGCUGGGGCGGAACUCAAGAGACGAGACGGGGUGCACCGCCUGGAGAAGGCACACCUCGGUGAUGGGUGCUUGAGCUACGGGUGCUGUCGAGACGGACUCGGAUGCGCCGUGAGCGCUUGCUACUCGACAGAGCCGUCAACUAUCACGGAGACGACAACGAUUACGACGACGAAUGACGCUGCGCAAACCAUAACCACGACAGUCACCGCCACGGCUGUUCUGACACCCUCAAGACCUACCACGGCGCCGAUAGUGGCAACGGGGGUAAACGAUCCGGACCAAGUUGUGUUCAAGUACUAUCCGAGCACCGUUCCGAAAGAGCAACCUAUUCCGAGCAGAGAUGAUAGCAAUGAUGGACUGACCACGGGACAAAUCGCGGGUAUCGUGGCUGGAGGAGUUGGUCUGCUCGUCGUUGUCUUGGUGACAGCGUGGAUCAUCAUUCGCCACCUCAACAAAGUUGUCCAGGCUGUCGAGACCAGCAACAAGGGAACAUCAUCUGGGGCCAAGUCACGUCCCUCAAUGUAUGACUUCAAGCCUACUCCAUCAGAGGUUGAUGAGAUGAGCGUAGACCCGUAUAUGAUGUCUCCUCGACCGUCACACCGCAGACAUGAUUCUGAUACGACCACCGACUUCACACCACCGUACCGUGGUACGCCGGGAUCAAUCGGUGACUAUCAACCCGUGCCACAAGGGUCAGGAUCGGAUAGACACGCAAGCUACGACUCGACAUAUACAGGAGGCUACUUCGAUGUCGCGCCAGACAGGAAUCAGCGUGUCAGUCAGGGGUCGAGCGCGUGGAUCGGGCUGCAUCGUGGAAGCACGGAUUCACAGGGAACUUAUGCGCACCUCCGACAUUGGAGCAAUGCCAGCGAAGCAAGCAGUGAUCACGGCAGCGCGGGUACUCGAACCCCGCUCCAAGAGCUCGACUCAACGCCAUACGUACCAGAGUUGGCUGCCACACCCGUACCAGAGGCUCUAGCUGAGACACGUCGCCGGUCAUCGAGUGGCUUGUCGGGCAUGAGUCGGCCGCCUGCGGUUCAUCAGCGGCGAAGGAGCAGUGAAGGAGGCCACGGUAGAUCGAGGAGCGAUAGUUCUGCUCCGGCUGGGCUGAGUGUUGUGAAUGAGGCUUCAGAACUCAUCGGGCACUAUGGCCCGACAGAUCGAGCGAACGGUCAGACGUCGGUUGAAAAGUGA